UGCCUGGAUCCCCCAGAGGUGGCAUUGGGACAGUGUGCCUGGACCACCCUGCCCACCAGCAGAGCAUGUCCCAGCUGGACCUGGAGGAGCUGGCCGAGAUAGAGCUGCAGAGAGACGAGGAGGAGGCGGCGGCCACACUGGGCGCAGUGAGAAGGCCCUCAGUGGUGCCCACGGCUGGCCAGGACCCUGCGCUGAGCACGAAUCACCCAUUCUACGAUGUGGCCAGACAUGGCAUCCUGCAGGUGGCAGGGGAGGACCGCUUCGGGAGACGGGUCGUCACGUUCAGCUGCUGCCGGCUGCCCCCCUCGCACGAGCUCAACCACAGGCGUCUGCUGGAGUAUCUGAAGUACAUGCUGGACCAGUACGUGGAGAGCGCGUACACCAUCGUCUACUUCCACUACGGGCUGAACAGCCGGAACAAGCCAUCCCUGGGCUGGCUGCAGAGCACCUACAAGGAGUUCGACAGGAAGUACAAAAAGAACUUGAAGGCCCUCUACGUUGUGCACCCCACCAACUUCAUCAAAGUCCUGUGGAACAUCUUCAAACCCCUCAUCAGUCACAAGUUUGGGAAAAAAAUCACCUAUUUCAACUAUUUGAGUGAGCUCCGUGAACACCUCAAAUACGACCAGCUGGUCGUCCCCCCGGAAGUUCUGCGGUACGACGAGGAGCUCCGGCACCUGCACAAGGGCCGGCCGCCCCCUGCCGCCAAGACGCCGCCGCCGCGGCCCCCUCUGCCCACCCAGCAGUUCGGCGUCAGUCUGCAAUACCUCAAAGACAAAAAUCAAGGUGAACUGAUCCCCCCUGUGCUGAGGUCCACAGUGACACACCUGAGAGAGAAAGGACUCCGCACUGAGGGUCUGUUCCGGAGGUCAGCCAGUGUCCAGACAGUCCGGGAGAUCCAGCGGCUCUACAAUCAAGGGAAGCCCGUGAACUUUGACGACUACGGGGACAUCCACAUCCCGGCUGCGAUCCUGAAGACCUUCCUGCGGGAGCUGCCCCAGCCGCUGCUGACCUCCGAGGCCUAUGAGCAGAUUCUCGGGAUCACCAGUGUGGAGAGCAGCCUGCGGGUGACCUACUGCCGCCAGAUCCUGCAGAGCCUUCCGGAACACAACUACGCCGUCCUCAGCUAUCUCAUGGGCUUCCUGCACGAGGUGUCCCGGGAGAGCAUUUUCAACAAAAUGAACAGCUCCAACCUGGCCUGCGUCUUCGGGCUGACUUUGACCUGGCCGUCCCAGGGGGCGUCCUCCUUCAGUGCCCUCGUGCCCCUGAACCUGUUCACCGAGCUGCUGAUCGAGUACUACGGAAAGGUCUUCAGCCCCCAGGAGGCGCGUGGGGUGCCGGCACCGGCUCCACGGAGGCCGGCGAGCAGGGCGGCCCCUUCGCCAGAGGAUGCACUGGGGACGGACACGCCGCAGGCCCCAUCCCGCCCGCGGUGCCUCCGCGUCCCGUGACAGAGGCCAGGAGACCCCUCUAGUGCUGGACGUGCCAUAUGAAGUCUAUCCAUCUGUGCACUCGUUCUGUGUUUUGUAAACUUGCCAUUAAACGAACUUCUCGUGAACUUUCUGG